UGAAUAUUCCGUGGGCUCAUGUGCUCCCUCUAACUGAUUCGAACAAUAAUACGAAAUGUACACUGUUACACUACCUGUACAACGUACGUACACUACCUGGCCAUAACGAUACCCAUGAAUGCGCUUAUUUAGACCUAGGCUACAAGGUAUUGGGGUUCUGUUGACUUACGUUGGGAUAUCCAAGUCACAGAAAUUUGGAUGCAACCAAAAUGAUGCGAUUCCACCCAAAACAUGGCAGCCAUAUCACGCUAUCUCCUUGCCAGACCGUCGCUACGCGCUGCAAAAGCUUCGCCAAUGCCGUGGUAUUUAGCAACAGACCAUUGUCAACUUCAGAGACUUUUGUGUUCGAGAUUUACGAGCAAGAACAAGGCUGGUCUGGUCAUGUGAGGUGCGGUGUGACAACUCACAACCCGAAUUUUAUCAAAGUCCCUCCUUAUCUACUCCCGGAUUUGGCACAAAUGGGGACGACUUGGGUGUUUGCACUAAAACCUAGUAACAAUAAACCCCUUGGGGACGAACAGUUACGCGAAUGCGGCCAUAAUUACCAGAGACUACCCCAAGAGGACGAAGUUGACAACACAAUUUACUGCGGCGAGAAAGCUGCUACAAACUCGAAUAUUCGCCCAACAGACGAGGGAAGCCGUAUUGGCAUACGUGUUAGCUAUGCGGGAAAUCUGUAUUUUUACAUUAAUGGCAAGAAAUUUGGCCCUUGUGCCACGGAUUUGCCUAGUGACUCAGAGCUCUUUGUGACGCUGGAUGUAUACGGCUCCACAAAGGCAGUCAAGAUCAUCCAGUGUGGCGCUGUUCCAUCAUUGUUGAACCUGUGUUGUAGUAAAAUACGGAUAUUAACAUUGGAAGGUUCUAUCAAAAGUCUGCCAAUCCCUAAACUGUUGAAGCAGUACAUUUUGUCAUUUUGAUUGAUGAACAAUGUAAGUAAAAAUAAAACAAUGAAUUGGGAUGUAUCCAAGUGUUAUGUAAAAAAAUAAAGAAACAUUUUAUAUGGUGUAACACUAGUGACAUAAAAAAAGAUGGGAUGGUGGUAAGUGCUGGGAUGGUGGUAAGAG